UGGUGCAAGAGGAAACGGAAAGCAAGAUCAUUACCCUAACCCUGGAGAACUGCCGAACACUGACUCAGCAAACACCAACUCCCCCAACCCUCGCCCGAGUCAUCCGUAGCCGCAGAGGAGCAUAGGUUUGAGAAAACAGCACUACGCAUAUCCCCAACAGCUAUCACGGCGAUAAUCCCAACAACAGGGUGAGUGGGUAUCGAAUGGAUGUCAAAAGAGCUAUAAGUAUAAAACACAAACAACGAAAAACAGAGCCGGUACAAAAAAUAAAAAAAAAGUGGUAUCGUUCGUACCCAGUCAAGUCAAGUCCUCCUACCUCACGCGAUCGUCGAGUGCCUCCUCGCCCAGCCAACUUCUAGCCAUUAAUUGACUCACCCAUGGUCCAGUCAGAGUUAGGAUUAUCGUGUCCGUGCUUAACUCAUCGAUCGCUAGCUGGUUUCGGCGUAUGAGUUGUGAAGAAUCCCUUCAGGCACAACGCGCCCGUCCAACUUUGAACGAAUAAGAUAGGAUUUGGCAGGUUGGGAGCUGGAACGAAACAUCAAGAUCUGGCGAACUGGUCGGUCGACGGGCGGGUCUAGGCCGUGGCUGUCGGUGCGGCAGCAGCAGCAGGAGCGGCCUCAGCAGCGGGUGCUGCUGCGGGAGCGGGUGCCGGCUCCUCGGUCUUUAUCUCGGCGGGGGGAGUAGGGGUCGGCUCGGCAGCUGGAGCAGCCGGAGCGGCGGGAGCAGGAGUCUCGGCCGGGGCGGCAGCGGGAGCGGCAGCGGGAGCGGCAGCGGGGG